AUGCGUCGUGUAACAUGUAAAGCUACUUUUUCAGAAGUUUUUAUUUAUGCAUCAUUGGCAUAUAGUGCCUUUAUAAAUGAUACACAAGUAGGCAUCGGUAAAACCAACUUCUUUUGAUCCCGGUCCUGACCUCAAUUAAAAUUUUUUAUUGCUUCUAGUCCUAAUUUGGUUUCUGAAAAAAACCACAUUUUUUUAAUCAUGCGUAUGAUUUUUAGAAUAUAUAUAAAAUUAACAUUGAUGACUUCGAGAAAUUAUUAGUCUGAGCAUAUCUUUAUAUGCAUGAAUCAAAACUAAAAUACAAAAUCAGUUCUUUGUUUCACUCAAGAUUUUUCUUGGUUCUGGCUGUGUGACUUAGGAAAUUCUUUCAGAACUGAUACUUCUUGCAUAGAUACAAAGUCUAAAUGAGUGAGCUUUAAUUAGUGUUUCCUCAAAAGUCACUUUGAUAAUAUCAAAAAUUUAGGAUCUGUCGAACUAUGAGUACUAUUCUUAGUAGCGACUUUCAAGAUGGUGCCGGUUCUAGUUCUGAAUCGGAACAAAUAAUUUUGCACAUCCAUAAUUUUAUCUCAAUCAUAAAUAAAAAUGGUUAACUGGUCGAUCAUUAGUCAAAACAAAAUAAUAAGUAUGAACACGUGUUGCCUAGUUCUUGAGCAGAAAAUAUAAUGAAACCAGUUUUAGCACGUUUAAAGUCUUGGCUCCGUUAAAAUUAAAAUUUGGUGUCGAUUAUGAUCACGAAGAGUCCAGGAUAGAGAUUACUUUGCAGUUCUCUAUAAACGCUUCCAACGUUUGUCAGUAUUUUCAAAUUGCUAUGCAAUUAUUCAAAAUUGUUUAAGUUUGUUUUAUUUGUUCUUCUCAUCUGUUUCUGGGAUGUCUUAAAUUCUGAUGCUGAAAAUCACUAUCAUCCGUCCAUGAAUACAAUCUGUACAUAUAGUAAAGAUUUUCUUUUUCACAUCUCUGACUCGUCUGAUCGUAAAGCCAUUAAAAGAGUAUUUUUCACAUUUGUUUGAUGUGAACAUUUUAUCUGUUGAGAAUAUAUAGCAUGAAGAUCCUGUAAUGCUUUAAUUUGAAUACCAAAAAAAAAAUUUAAGUUUCACUAUUUUACUUUGUUCUCAUUCUUCUUUUCAAUAUGUUCUUCAUCUUGUUCUGGAAAUAGUAAUGGUUCUAUAUCAUAAACAAAAACUUUAUUUGCAUUGUAAAAAUAUUUUAUAUAGUAGUAGAAAUUUCUUUAGGAAUUUGAAUUUUCAAACUGCAGAUUAUUUACAAUUUUAUUGCACUCUUAUGAUUCAUCGAAUUUUAAUCGUGCCAUAGUCAUCUUUUUAUUUCAUGACAUUUUAUUAUGUUGAAGAAAAUAUUAUUACCAACUUGAUUUGUUUUCAUUUUUAACAGACUUCCUUCUUUGAGCGAAUGCCAUCAAGUCUGUAUAGCAAGGUAUUUUUUCUCGUUUGAUGUACUUUUGUUUUUUAUUUAGUACAUUUGACUACGAUCAUUUUCAAUCAAUUAAUGAACAAAAAAAAAGUCUUAUUGGUACUUUCUUUUUCUGCUAUUGCAUAUGCGAUAAAUUAUAAUUAAUACAGAAAAAAAACUUCUUGUAGAGAGACAUAAGAGGCUUGAUCGAUAUUUACUAAAUCAUGAAAAACAUGACGAAAUACUACUCGUUAAAUAUUGACAACUAUUAGUUAACAACAUCUGUGGAAAGGUCAAAAAAAAUGUUGUUACAGAGCAAUAAACACAGAUUUAUAUUCUUCAUUUCGUCUUCUUUAUUAAUCAUUGGUAUAAAGAAAGAAAUGAAAUUAACAUUCAGCAG